GCCAUUUGACGAUUAUCACAAUAUCUAACAAACAUUUGCACUUUGCAGCAACCUAACGCUGUCGUACCAACCGUGUUUUUGUUGGAUUUUUCGGGAAGUCCUACAACAACCAAGCAACACGCUCUGAGCGCGUGAUUUAAAAAAGAAAGAAGAAGGUGGUUCAAAAUCGUCAACCCAACGUUGUCAGCAUCGCAUAUCCGCCACUUUCAGCUGAGGGUCGUCAGCUUAAAUCAGUCCAUGCACCACCUCCUCCACCAUCAACCUCUUUCCCCAAUUUUUUUCUUCUUUUUUUUUUCUAAAAAAAAAUUCAUUUGUCUAAUAUAAAUAAAAAGGAGUUUUCAUUAGACUAACCCAAAAGGCAAAGCUGAAAACCCUCAAACACAAGAAAAAGGCAAUAAAGGCCUUCAAAUCUCAACCACCAUCCCCUUCCUCUUGGGCUGGAUUUCUUCAUCUUCUUCCCCCCUUUCUUAUAAACCCUAAUUUCCCACAAAACCCUCAAAAAUUCAACGAGAUAGAGAGAUCCACGGAUAUAAUACGGAAUAGAGACGGACGAUUUUUAAUUUUAAUUUAAUUUUUUUUUUAAUUUAUUUGUAUCAUAUACUGUAAAUUAAAGGUUAAACCGAAGCAACCCCAGACGGAGAUUCAACGAUGUCUGCUAUAGUGUGCGGGAAGAGGUCGUUUUUCGAAGAUUUACAAUCGCCGUCGCCGACCUCCGCUUCUCCGCCCGUAGCGAAGAAGAUUCGCUGCUCAGCUCAUUUUUCUCCGCCGCGGUCGGUGGUUGCGCCGACUUUUUUUAUUGAUCAACUCAGGGCUGCUUUUCCUGAGAUGGAGAAUGAGCUCAUUGAGAAGACAUUAGAAGAAUGUGGCUAUGAUUUGGAUUCUGCUAUCAAAAGGCUGAAUGAGCUUCGCAUUGGAUAUGUACAUGGAAAUUUAAAUCCUGUGCCGGAGACACAUUCUAAUGUGAACAAUGUUGCUGCUUCUAAUGUCGGAGAGGAAGUUUUGCUGUCAGAAGAUGCUUCGAAGCAAAACAACCUUCCAAAAGAUGGAGCAGAAUGGGUGGAAUUGUUUUUGAGGGAAAUGAAUGGUGCUACAAGCAUCGAUGAUGCUAGAUCCCGUGCCGCGAGAGUGUUGGAGAGUUUAGAGAGGUCCAUAAGUGCACGUGUUAGUGCUGAGGCGACUGAAAAUAUUCAGAAAGAAAACAUCAUGUUGAAGGAACAAAUCGAAGUGCUUUUGCGUGAAAAUUCCAUCCUGAAGAGAGCUGUUGCUAUCCAGCAUGAGCGUCAAAAGGAAUAUGACGAUAAGAACGAAGAAGUGCAGCAGUUGAAACAAAUGGUUGCUCAGUACCAGGAGCAACUGAGAAAUCUUGAGGUUGAGAUUUAGAAAUUUAUUUGCCCUGAAUUUGUCAAGUUCUUAUGCUGUGUCUGGGUUGUGUACAUUAGAACUAAGGAAGUCAUUAACGUCACCCUUUGUUGUUUUUCAGGUGAAUAACUACGCCUUGACGAUGCAUCUGCGACACGCUCAACAAGGCAGCUCAAUGCCGGGACGUUUCCAUCCGGAUGUGUUCUAGAUUUCCAGUUGUAAUAACCUUAUAGCUCCCAGAAUAUAGAUGUAUCAAGCCUGAAAUAGGUUUUACUUAAUUUCUUAAACUAAGUUAUCUUAUAUACAGUGAAUUGUGUUUCAAAUUUCAAUACAUUGGGAUUUGAUUGGUCUUUCUGUAAUAAUGUACCUGUGAUUGCUACAAGCUGUUGGCAUCUUAUUACUAAAUUUGAUGUAUGCUCUAUGACGGAAAAAUUGGCAGAUUUACUCAAAGUUUUACAUGCGUCGUGAAUUCUACUCUAUUCUUUUUCGGUUAGCCAAUAUUACUCUAAAUUAUUCAACCGUUAGCCAAUUUUGUUCAAUUUGCUAUUUUUUGUCUAAAUUAAUGGAAUUUUAUUU